AUUGGUCCGCACACGCCGAGCUUUUCCGCCGCCUUUGGGCAGCGAUACAUCCCCUGAUGUGUGUGAUGUGCACCCGCUCUGUCUGAAAUCUGCCGUCCUCAGCUCAAGGACUGUGCCGAAACUGGUCCACAAUGUCUGAACUUUUUAUGGAGUGUGUAGAGGAGGAGCUGGAGCCGUGGCAGAAACAAGUUCCUGAAGUUCACUUGAUAGAAGAUGAUGACGAUGAGCCCAUCUUUGUUGGAGUGCUCUCGAAUAACCAGAAGGAUGGAAAGCCUUCUAACCCUCCACCUCCUCAAAGGAAAAGUGCAGCGAAACAAGAAGUAAAGUGCCCCCCUCCUCAGCCUGCUGUGGUCCCCUCACCAAUAGUGCUGCCAUUGAAUAUACCUGGGAAAACAAAGAGUACUGUACCAACCAGUCUGACAACAGUAACUCCACAGCCUGUUAUUGUCAAUAAUCAGGGCUUUAUUGUCACUUCUCCACAGUUAACAAAUAACAGUGACUUUAUUGCCUCUUUUGGGGCCCCGUAUCCCCCAAGACCAUCAAUUACAAUCAUUCCAGCUGGUCAGCAGCAGAUUUUUCAGCAGGUCUCUCCAGCCACAGUCAUACCUGGCGCUGUCCACAGGCCACAGGUGCAGCAAAUUAGCAACAAUGUUGUGACACUGUCAAAUGUCCAGAGUCCUGCUGUAUACUCAACACAGCCUAGUCAGCUUCAACCAAACAGAUCCACCUCACAACCUCUUCAGACCUUUUCUAUGUCUGCAAAGGACACCAAUAGCAGAGAUCAGAGCUUACUGAAACGAGGACUGACACCACAGGAAAUGGACAACGUAGCAAAAAAAUCAAAGCCUGACUUGUCACCACAAAAAGUAGUCAUCAGAGUGGAAAAUGGCAUGGUAAAGAGAAAGUGUCCCAAUUGUCAAGAAGAAAUUCUCACAGAGGAAGCUCUAAAAUAUCACAUGAUGAACUGCCGUGCCAACGGAGGAAGCACAGCUCCAGCGGCCCUGAACACGAACACAAACAAGCGCAUCAUGCUGGUCGCAGAUUUCUAUUACGGUAACUUUGAGGGAGACGUGCAAAAGAAGGAGGCACAGAAGACCAACACCACCUUUAAGUGCCAGAGCUGCUUAAAAGUUCUCAAGAAUAAUAUCAGGUUCAUGAACCAUAUGAAACACCACUUGGAGCUGGAAAAGCAGAACAGCGAGAGCUGGGAAAGCCACACAACCUGCCACCACUGCUACCGACAGUACAUGACCCCGUUCCAGCUGCAGUGCCACAUCGAGAGUGCUCACAGCCCGAUUGAAUCCUCAACCAAUUGCAAGAUAUGUGAGCUGGCGUUUGAAUCAGAGCAGGUGCUUCUGGAGCACAUGAAGGGAAACCACAAACCUGGGGAAAUGCCUUAUGUGUGCCAGGUUUGCAAUUACAGGUCUUCCUUCUUCUCUGAUGUGGAGACACAUUUCAGGAGCGUCCACGAAAACACAAAAGACCUGCUGUGUCCCUUCUGUCUCAAAGUUCUUAGAACUAGUCAUAUAUACAUGCAGCACUACAUGAAACAUCAGAAAAAAAAGAUCCAUCGCUGUGGAAAAUGUAGACUGAAUUUUCUCACCUACAAGGAGAAAGUGGAGCACAGGACUCAUGUCCACAAGACUUUUAGGAAGCCUAAAGCCCUGGAGGGCCUUCCUCCUGGUACAAAGGUGACCAUUAGAGCUUCCCUCACAGGAAAGUCACCUGCACUGCCGGUGUCCCCUAAGCAACCUGGCUUUGUCGUCAGUACAGAAAGUCUGAGUGUGAAUCAUCCAAUAAAACCUCAUGUUACUGUAUCUAAGUCUAAACCAACCACCUCAGAAACAGGAAAGGCAAAGAUGCCUCAGAGCAAGAAGCAAAACCCUCAGUCCAAGCACAACCUGGCACUCAGGAAUCUCAGUGCUAGCGGAGGGAUUUACACAUGCAUCGAAUGCAACGCACACGUGGACGACUUUUUCUCUCAUUUCCCAAUGGUUUCCAGUUGCGGCGCAUGCAAAUAUCGCACAAGUUGCAAAGUUUCCAUCGGGAAUCAUAUGAUAAGAUUUCACAGCACCAUCACCAAGAACAGAUUUUUGAAAAUGGAUCACAAGAAAAAUUCAUUGGCCUCAAAGUUCACGUUGGUUUGUCUCAACUGUGACCUUCUCGUCGAUGCAUCACGUGGCGACCUGAUGACCAAACAUUUAAACGAUCGACCGAAUCACGUAUGCAAAGUCAUAGCGGAGAAAGCAGAUAUGAAAGCCAAAGAUCGCGUGCAGCUCAUCGUGGGGCAGCCAGCCAAAGUCCAAGUGUACGUCUUGACAUCCUCACCUGCUCAAAAACCAAAGGAAACGGACCCGAAACAAGCUGAAUGCGUCUCAUCUGGAGGUGCAGCCAUCGGCACUGUUGACAAACCAGAAUUAGAGUCGCCGUUACCAGCAGGAGAUCAGAAGGAGAUUUCCACAGGAACAAGUGUUAUCCAGGCUUCAUCUGAAGGUGACUCAAAGACGUCGGUGCUGCCCGCUUUACCGUCUUCCUGCACAUCUGACCUCUGUGACGAGAUCUCAGAGAGCAGAGAUGAGGAAGAUCAGCGUCCCGACUCUGUGUCUGCGGCAGAGAGUGCGACUGUGGACCAGCAGCCUCAGUCAGAUUAAACCUGUACAAACUAACUAAACAAUGACUUCCCGUUAUUCAGAAAACACCUCACCAGUGUUUCUCUUACAGACAUCAAAUUUAUGAUGUUGCUUUGGCUGUUUUGCAGAUUCCUGACGGUUAAAUGGAAACUAGAUGUAAAACUUCUUUAUAUUUGUGAAUUACAAAAAAAAAAAAAAGUAGAUCCAGUAAAGUUUUAUUUACCCUGCAAAAUUGAUCAAGAAGAUUCCCACUAAAUAGUUUUGAUUCUUUUGUAAGAUCCUCCCAACACACAAAGUGUCUGACGCCCUGCCGGCCUAAAGAGGGCAGUGAUUGUCAAAAAAUCUUGACACAUAAAUUUGUCAAGACCACCAGAUUUCCUUAAAAAGAAAUCCCACUUCACGGCACAGAAUGCUCAAAUUACUUAUACCUAAAUUCUGCAUGUAGUCUUCCUAAAAGUUUGCCUGCAGAAAUAUUGUAAUUACUGAAUGUUUAAGCAGCUUGGGCCCAUCCAUAGUUUUUCCUGGUGUUUUUAUUAAUUAGGAUAGGAGGAAGAGGAUCAAGGAAGUGAGAAGCAGUCAAAGUGUUUUGGGUUUAAUGUGUGGUUGCUACUAUUGUGUAUGUGCUUUUUAUUUCCUUUCAUUUUUAUUUGUAAUGAACCUCAAAGCUGCUCCCUUUAUAUAGAGUCAGGUUGCUGUGCAGCAAGUGUAAAAAUGUUAAAGUGAUGUAGCACGUAUUUACCUUGAUCACCUGCUGGUUUUAAGUAAGUUUAUCAACACUAAGACAUCUGAUUUAAACCAUUAGGAAAAUACGUGGAAUGUUUUUUUUUUUUUUGGUUUUUUUCCCUCCCCACAUGGAAAGUGAUCUCAGCUCUGUGAAAGGUUUGCGUUUUAAAGGUGAACAUAACCUGAAUAUUUUAGCAUUGAGUGAAAGAUUAGGUAGAUUUUAUUAUGUUAACUGAGUUGACAGUUCCAGCUUAUAAAAUAAAUACCUUUGGAUCAGGUACUAGAUGGAUUUUGAUUUACAAUUACUGGGGGGGGGGGGAGAAAAAUCUGGAAAGAUUUUUUACAAUACUGUGUGUUUGUUUUACUUGGCUUGAAAUGUCAGAAGGUUUGUUUAAAAAACAAAAAACAAAAAAAAGAUCUUUCACUUGUACAGUACAGCAAGUUUGUAAAUGCAUCUAUGUCUAUUAAGGCGCUAUAUAUAUGUACCCCCAUCCAACCUGUUUUUAAUACAUUCCUAUAAAACUGUGGUUCCCCUUAGAACACAUUUUCCUCUGAUCAACAUUCUGGGCUUAGAUCCAAGUGUUCCUCUUCUUUGUUAUGUAAAUAAAUCUUUAA